GCGAGAUCGGCACAGCUGACCAACCUCUCUUACGUAUUCAGAAGGAGACGCGUGCGCCCCGAGCGGUGGACAUACAGCUGAUUAUUACAUUCUCACGAAAACUGUCCACUAACUAGUGAACUAACUAAACACAACAGAUCCAGAGUCACACAAUAUCAGAAAGAUGGCAGACACAGAGCAAAGGAGUCAACCUCCUCCUCCCUCUCAAAAUGGACCUGUGCAAUUCCUGUUGAGUAACAAGCUGGAAACGGCCAUGUGGCUGUCACGGCUCUUCACUGUUUACUGUUCCAUCAUGUUCAUUCUUCCCCUACUUGGGCCUCAAGCAGCAGCUAAUUUCUAUCAGAGGGCAUUGCUGGCAAAUGCCCUGACCAGCGCUCUACGUCUGCACCAAAGGCUCCCUCACUUUCAGCUGAGCAGAGCCUUCCUGGCCCAAGCCUUACAGGAGGACAGCUGCCACUAUCUCCUCUACUCUCUCAUCCUUGUUAACUCCUACCCCAUCACAAUGAGCAUAUUUCCAGUGUUCCUCUUCUCACUACUCCAUGCCACCACCUACACCAAAAAAGUUCUUGAUACUAUGGGACCCAACAGCCUCAUGUUUGUGAGAAACUUUCUGAACAAGCUCACAGCCAAUCAGCAGAACAUUCUCAAGUUUAUUGCCUGCAAUGAGAUUUUCUUGAUGCCCGCAACAGUUUUUAUGAUUUUCAGUGGCCAAGGUAGCUUGCUUCAGCCAUUCAUCUAUUAUCGGUUCCUCACGUUGCGCUAUACCUCGAGACGCAACCCAUACUGCCGGACUCUCUUCACUGAGCUUAGAAUUUUAUUGGAGCAUUUUGUGAUGAAGCCCAGCUGCCCGGUCUUCUUCAGAAGGAUGUGCCUAAACAGCAUUGCCUUCAUUAGCCGCCUUGCCCCCACUGGGGUCUAACUGCUUUCCGUGGGCAUCCACACUCUCAUACACAUUUCACAUGCAACAGCACACAAGUCCUAGAGAUUUGGACUGUUUGAAGAUGGACGGCAAAGAUGAUCGAUUGCUCAGAAAUGGAUGUCCUCCUCUGCACUGAAGGCAUUUGCUAUAUUUGGAGAGACUAUCAAUCUGACAGACUACAUCCAAAAAUCAAAACCGCCAGAAGAUGCAUCUUUGUGCGCAGUUGUCUGAUAACUCUUUUAUCGAUUCAUUAGAGGAUUUAUAUUGAUACUCAUUCUUCAGGGUUAAAGCCCUUGAGAUACUUAAUCUUAACUGCUAGAGUAAAUAGAUGGUUCUUAAAUAGCUUUUCUUUAUACCACACUGAAAACCUUCAGCUGUCAUUAAUGUCUGUACUUCAAUUUGAUUCCAUCUUUUUAUGUUCUUUCAGAGCAUUGUUUUUUUUAAUAUCUUGUACUGGAUUAGCUUGAAAAUAGUAAUAUAACUUGCCCCAAGCAUUAAGCAUUUAUAAAUAGACAUUGACCUGAAUGUGAAAUAAAUUUAGAAAAUUACAAUUUCUGCUGUUGAUUUGUACUUUUCCAUGUGAUCAGGCUGAUCCGAAGAGAGGUGUUGAAGAUUCUGUGAUCAUUCGUUUGUUGCAUCAAGCCUUGGUUAUGCUAUACAUUCACUGCUGUUUAUUGUCAGGACAAGUUGUAAAAAUUAACUCAAGGUUGAGAAUUUGUUACUUGCUUGUUCAAGGCAUGUUGUCACUAUUUAUUGCCUGUUUUAACCAUGUUCUAUGUAGAAUAAAAUCUGAGAUUAAUUUAA